UGUUAGUUUUAGGGGAUGAUCAAAAUGAACUUACCAGGCGGAAACAACAAAACGACCAAGAUGUGACCACCGUCCUGUUGGUAGACAGUCAAGGCAGAUCAUCUCUAGGAAGAUACCAAAACGUCAAACCUGAUAUAGGCUUGAUCGCCUCAACUGCUCGCACUUUCAUCCAAGACGGAGUCACUACCGAGUACGCGACACACGUACUUGGUACCACCUUGGACAAUGGCCGCGUCUAUGCCCACCUGCUAUCCAAAAGCUCUAGGGUGCUCAACGACAAAGACCCAUCUAAAAGUUUCACGUCUCAAAAGCAGUGGAAUGUUAAAGAUGCUCCUAAUGAGUACGUUAAGAAUAUGGACUACAUCGUACCCAACAAGGCAGGGGCCGUCUAUGUCUUUCCUACUAAGCUGCAAUACUAUCCACAUAUUGAAAGUAAUAAGCAGGUAGAAAAUAUGAAUCAGGAAUCUGUAGAAGAAGAGUUGUUGAAAGAGGCCCCUUCGAAUAACUUCAGAGGUGCUUAUGCAGACCAAGGAAAAAUUGUGGUACCUCCAGUACAAAAUAACAUAAAGGUCUUCAAGAUUACUCCACAGGUCAAAGAUCUUACCUACGAAAAUAUAAUCAACCACAAAGAAACUACUGACAAGCCGUUGAAGGAUCAAUUGACACCUUCUAAAGUAAAACUAUGGGAUAACGUGCCUACCUUCACUGUAAGAAAUGAAUUCUCACCGUCAGGACUAUCGUACCUUGGCGAUCUUCCAGAUUUUGAAGAAAGAACAGAACAUUCCAAGCUCACUACCCCAGCUGAACGUAAGGCUAAGCUUCUAUUUAGAGCUGGUUUGUCCAAACCUAACCCAAAAGAUUUGAAAUCCAUCACAUAUACUGGCUUCGCUGAUUUCACCACUACUGUGGGAGAUACAGUAAUUUUUUUCACACCACACACGAAUGAUGUAAAGAAACCUGAAGCCGUAGCUGAAACUACGAAGAUCUCAGUUGAGGCAACCAUCCAACCAACAUCUGUGGUCCAAGCGCCUGUCUUGACAAAAUUGUUAGUAUCUCCGAGACCUGCCAUUGAGCCUAAAAAAGGGCCAAUUGAAAUGAAGACCUUACUUCCAAGUAUGGUCAUCGAUAAGACAGAUAGAGUAAGAGGUUCUAAGACUGUCAUAGAUGAACAUAUUGAUAUGGAAGCAAAAUCAGCAGUUCUGGCACAUGAACAAGGAAAAGAUACUACGAUCAAUAGGUUCACUCCAGAUGUGAUACAACCAUCAGAAACUCAACCAGUAAUGCUUUCUACACCUUCUGACGAAGAUAUCGCUAAGAUAUUUGCUUCGCUUCAGGCUCAAGCUAAGCAAGUAACUCAACCACUUCAACUUGUUCCAAAAGAAGAAACCAAAGAACCUAGCUUAACUGGUGCUACAACUAUUUUCUUCGACGAUGACCUGCCAAUCGAAACAAGUUCUGUGGAGGUACCUAUUACUACAGCUGUCAGUGAAACAACCACAGAAAAGGAGCUAGAAACUACCGAGAAACAACCAACAACAACUGAAGAAAUACCAACUACUAGUGAAAACGUAAUUACAACCACACCAGAAAGUAAGGAAAGUCAAACUGAAGAUGAAGAAGAAGAUGACGAUGAUGUUGAUAUAACAUGCACCAGAGUUCUAGUUCCUACCACAAUAUACAAAACGCUAACAUAUCUUACAACGUUCUACAUACCUGUUGAAGGAAGUACAUCAACCUCUGUCCGAUCAAAUGAGGUGAUCAACACCGAAAGUGGGUACGAAACGAAACCUUGUGGGUACCUGUCACCUACUGAAUCAUAUUCAGAAGCUUUGGCACCUUCAAGCGUAAUACAACAACCUGUAGAAGCUCAGAAAGCUAGCAACAUUGAAACAACAACUCUUGAACAGCAAACUACUACUGAAGAAGGUGUUACUGAGCAAAGAAUUACCACAGUAACUCAAGAAAUUACUACAGAAGAACAGCAGGUUACUGAAUCGGAGCCUGAGACAACUGAAGCUACAACUGAGGAAGAUGAAGAAAUAGAAUUGAUCUUUAAGACGUUGUACACUACAUACACCUACCUCACAACUUAUUUCCAAGAUACUACCUCUUCGAUAGAUAGUAGGAUUGUAGUGACGACAAAUGUCAUAACAUCAACAUUGGAUCCUAAUAGAGAGAUAACAGACGAAGCUGUGGCAGGUCUUAUGGAAAAAGUAGAGAGUCCUGUUUCCAAAACAGUGUCCUUCGACGAUUUAGCCGAUAUCAACCCAUCAAACGUUGCUAGUGUCACACCUACACGCUCAGCCACUCCUGAAGUCCAAGAAACUAGUGAAGAGUCAGGAGAAUCUGACGUUUCUAAACCUACACCUACACUUGAUAAUAACAAAGUGCUAGAAACUACUGCGGAUGGUCUGAAGACAUAUUACACUACUUAUACUUACUUUACAACGAUCUUUGUUGAUGGAGAGACGGAGAUCUCUAGCAGGACAGAGGUGUAUACAAACUAUGUCACCCCAUCUCAAGUUGCACCAGGAGAUAAAGAAAUUCUUCCUACAAAGAUUCCUGAUGCUGAAAGGAAAGAGAAAAUAUUAAAAUUAAAUGCUUAUAAUACAAUAACUAGACAGAAAAAUGAAGAUAGCAACGAAAUUGCAAGCACUCCCAGCACUAAAGGACAAGAUUAUGUUACUUUGCAAAGAGGAAGUACUACAACUGAAGACAACGAAAUCGAAGAUGAGAACAACAUCCUAGAUUUGAGUGAAUACGAAACAAUUGAAACUAUGGUUACAGAUGUGAGAAGUAGUACUUCCGCUGGUGAAAGACGAGUAAUUGAUAAUAUAGAUAAGAGAAAUAUCCUUUUGGAUGAUCAAAUUGUCUCAGAAUCAAACAACGAAUCAGAGGUUUUACCAUCUCCAACGCUACUGCUUCAAACCAGUUACACCACAUUCACUUACUUCACGACAAAGUACCAUGGAACCACCUCAAGCGAUGUUGUGAGUCGAUUAGAAACUAUCACAGAUGUUGUGACACAAACCUUAUCACCAACCCAACAAGUGACUCCAGAAGAUGUCAGUCAACCAGUAACUUACUUCACCACUUUCACAUAUUGGACUACUUUAUACAAAGAUGGCACUACAAAAGUCACAAGUCGUGAGGAAACCGUUUCUGAUAUUGUAACGCCUACUAUUGGACCUUCAAGCGUGGUUCCAAUAGUUGCUACAGAAGUACCUGAAAUACCCAGCACCAAAGCAGUAGAUGAAGCUAUAGUACCAUCAACUGUUGGAGAUGAUGAUUUGACUACGUAUUUCACAACUUACACUUACUAUACUACGUCUUAUAUUGGAGAUAAGACUGUUUUGAAUAGUAGGCUUGAAACUGUCACCAAUGUUUUAAACAAUUCUGAUAUAACUACAAAUCAGAUAGGCAGAUCAAUAAAAUUGCCUACAGUAAACAGAAUUGAAGAUGCUUUAGAAAAACCAAAAGCGAUAAACGCAAGCAGUGUGCUUAAACCAACAGGAAUUCUUUCAACUAUCGUCAAUACUGUUGAAAAUAAUGGGACUACAACUUUGUUAUCAACAGAUGUGUAUGGUACGUACAUAGAUGGACUUUACGCCAAGAUACUGGAAAGUACUUCAAGCGUUCUAAUUCAAGACAUAACACCUUCUUCUGUAGUGACUGAAUCGCUUUAUCCAACUGGAGUUGUGAGCAUCAACGAAGGCAAAAUCGUUGACGCUGAAGGUGUUAGUACCUUACUAUACACAACGAAAGCUGUAGGUACUUACUUAGACGAUACGUACACUACAGUGACAGAAAGUUCUAGUUCACUAGCAGUUGAUGAGGAGAAAAAAGCUGCACUACCAACAGAUUUGCCCAUAGCUCAUAGAACAGGACUAGUGAGAUUGAUAGAAGGAUCUAUCAUCGCCAAUGAUACCACUACCUUCUACGAAUCCAAAGUUUUAGGUACAGUUAUAGAUGGAAGAUACGCACAGAUCAUCGAAAGUACAUCAAGCUUCUUGACCAGCCCCAAAGCGUCAGUAAGUCCAAGCGGUGUCAGUGACAUCAGCCCUUCUGCAACAGUUGCACCAGAUGGAAACAUAGCUGGCACGGCUACUAUUUCUCUAUCACCAGUCGUGAUAGAAGGUUCUAUCAGUGAUACAGUUAAAGAUGAUGCUGAUAGUAGUACAGAAGAAAGUGAAGAGGAUGAUGACAAAGACGGCGGGCGAUCAAAAUCUAGACUGACUUUCCAAUCAAGAAAAAGAACAUUCACACCUGCUAUAAGACCCUUUGCUUCAAGACAAAGACCUACGUUUGCUCCAAAACGAAAACAGUCUGGUCAAAGUACUGCAGCUACUAUAACAAGAAGUGACUUUACACCAACCGUUACUGCUGUUCCAGCUUCUAGAGCAAACCGAUUUGGAGCUAGAAGGUCGUCCUCAACACCAGCUGGUGUCCAACCUACAGCUUCAGGAGGUAGAAGGUUUUCACGGCCAAAAUCUAGCUCUGCAGGAGGCAGGAGAUCUUCUUCUGCUAGAAUUCAGCCUACUUCAUCAGGAUUUGGAGGUAGCUCGCGGAGGGGAGUCUUUAGGACAUCAAACGCAGGUGGUUCAGGGAUCAGACCUAGUUCUUUAUUCCCUGCCAGGCCAAGAAUUCGACCAACAGCAUCGCUUGGCUUGAACAGAGCAACUGCUUCCGCACAAGUAACCCAGCCAACUGUAGAUGAACAAAAUGAUCUAACCACUGUAGUGACUGAUGAGAUCGAUACCUCAGCAGAAGACAGUGAGACCACCUUGACCUUGCAAACGACAACAGAAGCCACAACUAGAAGAAACCAGAACCCUCUGUUGAAGUUCAGGAGACCUCCGCUAAGACCUACUUCAGCUACAAGAACUAGAACUACUAUCAAGAAACCUGCAAGUACUACUACUACCACUGCCAGACCAAGAGUCACGAGACCUCCAAGUAGUCUGAUCAAUAGGCCAAGACCUAACGCGUUGUUUCCUAGAAGAGGUCUGUUCACCACUACUACACAGGCGCCGCCUCCAGAAGAGGAGGUCGAUGUAGUUGAGGAGGGUGAAAACGAAGAAGAUCUGGAAGAAGAAGGUGAUGUUGAAGAAGACACUGACUAUGACAGUUCUCUUACCAAUACUCAAACUGCUAAACCACCACUGAAACCCAAAGCAGGAGUAUCUAUCAGACCUUUCUCAAGAAGAAGGUCAAAGAGGGAUACCUACUCCAGGUUCAAGAGACCUAUAGGUCGAACUACAACAGCAGCAGCAUUAGAGCAAAGAGAAGACAUCACGGAAGUUCCAAGGUUCUCUAGUAGAGGAAGGUUUUAUCCUAAAAGAGGGAACUACAAGUCUUCCACUACAACUACAACCUCAGCACCUACUCAGUCUGGGCGAAAACGGAUAUCUCCAAGCAAGCCCCUAUCUCAAGGUCGCACUCAAUUUACUUUGAGGAACUCAAAGGAGAAACUGAGUAUGACAACAAAAAGAACUAAUACAAGAGGUGGAGGUCGGCCGACAACCCCAUCAAGACAGAAAAUAGCUAGAGGAAGGUACCAAACUGAAACUACAAAUAAUAGAGGUAGACAAACUCCAAGGACAACAAAUAGAGGCAGAGGUACACAAAGACAAAGAUACAGCAAGGAAGAUAUAGAUACUACCUUCUCUUUGCCAAACAAUGAUGGUAAAAUUACUGUUACUCAUCAUUUACCUAUCGAAGUUACAAUUCCGGUGGUAAAUGGGAAAGUCACUGAGUACAAGAACGUAGUUUCAGCGAAAUACAGUACUGAGGUUCUGGAUAGAUCCCAGUAUACAACAUCUAUCAAUCCUUUAGGCAAAGAGGUCAAGGUAUUAGUGAGUGAAAAGUCUGAGUUGGAUGGUAAUGGUGCCACAUUGAUCACCCAAUUUGUUUUGAAUGAAACUCCUACUACUACAGUUUUGUACACUCCUACUAUUAUAAACAGAAGAAAGACCUCAUUUUCUCACGUAGUACCCAGCACUAAAUACGAUGUAGACGAGGUCGUGACUACAAUUCAACCAGCUUUAGCGGCUCAGGCACCUCUGGCUAACAUUUUGCUAUCACAGCUCCUUUUAGGAGGUCUAGCACCUCAACCAAAUGCCUUGCUAGGUAUCCCACCUGGAGGUUACGUUGCUGCGACGCCUACUACAGAGCUCAAGACCAAAACCACGACUUACGUCACGACUGUCACUAACGAAAUAUCAACUGUUAUCCCUCUGACCUUCAGAGGCAAAGAGAUUCUCACUACUUUAAUAAGCAGUAGCGUUAGUGUAAUCACUGCCACUGAGUACCUCACAGAAACUGUAACAGUUACUCCAGCGUUCCCUGUGACUCCUCAAUUUAACACAGCUUUGCUUUUGCCUUUACUGCAGCAACAAUUGCAACAACAACAACAAAAUCAACAUCAAUCAGCAAGUCAGUUCUUACAAGCUCAACAACCUGCAGAUGUCUUUAAUUUGAACAAUGAGCCUAUACAACAACAAUCUCUAGAAGAAACUGAAAACUUAGCUCUGGAGGAGUCACAAGAGCUGGUGGAGCAGCAAACUACUGAAGGUCCAAAACGAAGAGCUUCUAAACCGAACAAAAAGAACAAGCAAGCUCCUGUUGAGCCUCCAAAAGAGACUAGUGUAGUGACACUUUACGUUUCAGGCAGAACUCCUGGGGAGUUCACUACAGUUUUAAGCACAGUAAUUGUCGGUGAGGAAGACAAGAGAAGCAAGAGAGAAGUUGCUGUUCCUGUAACUCCUUCUCAGCUACCCCGUCAGCUAUCUAUUGAAGUUCUGGAUGACUAUAUCAUGCCUGCCUCAGAAGUACACCUAGAAGCUUCUGAGUUGACGAAGGAAACAGAAAGUUUGGAAAGCAUUAUUGGAGAUGUUUCCAAGCACGUCAUCACAAAAACUCCGGAGUUAUUUAACGUCAAGCCCACAAAAUCAACAAAAGCUUCCAAAAAGUACAAGUUAAAAUAUGUUAAAGUCUCGGAUAGUAAAAAAGCUUCGUCGGAUACUUUUUUAGAGUAAGUGACCUUAGCAAAGUGGCCCCGCUAACGCCAAAGGUCGAAACGUCUCAAAACCGAUGGGGCAUCUCUGAUACUAAUAAUUCCUAUAACGUUUCGAAUGAUAUUGGCAAUAGUACUAACACACUAACUCAUCCAAGAAAUAAAAGAGAUGUUUCUGAACAUCCCAGAAGAAGAGUCAUCAAAAAAUUGAUCAGCGUGAGGCCUGUUCAGAACGCAACAGCAGAAUCUUAUGAUACUAACAAUGAUUUAGGUUCUAUUAACGCUCGUAGAACACCUAGAAGACGAUUGAAGAUAAAGAAGAAGAAAAAAAGGUUGUUGAGCAAUAAUGGAACGCUGACAGAUGAUUUGCAGCAUCCUAAUAAGCUAAGCGAUCCUAACUUUGAUGAAGAGCAUCUUCAACAAGCUACAAAGCCUAGAAGGAAAGUGGUGAUCACUAGAAAAAGAAUCUUGCCAAAUAGUAGUAAGUUAAGUAGUGCUUUAAAAGAUGUUGAGCUUCAAGGAACUGGCAUAACUGCUACUCCUACGCUCAAGGUUCAGCAAACUACGAUUGAAGCGCCAGAAGAAGAUAAAGACGUUACUGAAGAGAAUCUAGUUGAAGGUGUUGAAACUACAACAGUGGAAGACGAAGAAUCUGCUACUGAUGAAGCAGACUAUGAUGAUGACUAUUACGAUGAUGAAGAUAGCCUUACAGAAGGAACUACUGAAGUUGUAACAGAGGAAACAACAGAUGCUACCGAAGAAAGCUUUAUAGGUACCACAGAAGACUAUAAUGAAGACAUAGAUGAUAUGCCAACGUUUCAAGACAUUCCAGAGUACGAACCAUCGUUCCCAGAGCUAACAGAAUCUCUAGAUUCUCCAUUGCUUCCUCUAAAAACCACCGUCCUUUCUUCUGUCGAUGUUUUGACGAGUACUGUGACUGAAAGUAGACUGCGUACGUACACCUUUGUAGUGACCAGAGUUAGCGGUACCGAACAGAUAAUUAGCUCGACAACCGAAGUACGACCCCAAGUAAAAACGACGGUACUGACCGAACCUGUGACGAAAUACACGACCUUGACGCUUCUGGACUUCGACGAUACUGCAGACAUACCUUCUUCCACCUUGGACCUACCUCCUUCUCUGCUUCUUGACCAAGAAAACACAGACAGUGAAGAAGCCAGGUAUAACCUUGCAACUCGCGUGAUGUCCAAUGGCGUAGAAGUAAUUGUGGCUGGCGACAAGACGACUUAUCCUGGAGACGAUGCCAAGAGGAUCCUGCCAAGUGCUCAAGUGCCUAUCACUCUAAAGCCAAGCACUCUUACUGAUCGAAUGGUGCUCACGUUGCCUCAGGAAACAGCUAGUCCAAGUGAGUCAACUCCGCUCCUCUACAACGAUCAAUUCAUAACUAAGACUUGUCUAACAACAUUCACCUAUCUAACCACGUACCUGGUAGAUGGAAAAACAUCUGUUUCUAGUCAUGAACAGGUUGUCUCUAACAUUGCAACCGAAGAAAGGAACACUGGCAAGAUAUUACCUACACCUGCUGUGGGUAUCACUUUAACUCAGUAUCCCAACUUGUCCGUGGGUCUCUUCAAAACGACGUACACCUACCUCAAUACAAUUUUGGAUGGAGAACAACCAUUGGUAGUUUCCUCAAAGCAUACGGUUACCAACACUGUCACCGCACCUGAUGACUAUCUAUCAUUCCUUAAACCUUCAGAGACAACCGCCCCGCUGAAAGAUACAAAUACUUACUACAGUACUAUCAACCUCGAGAAAACUCUUUACGAAGGCAACAAAUCUUCUGUCAUUAGUACUAGAGAGCUUGUUACUCAGGUUAUCAUCACUGAGAGUAUUCCACCUAGAGCUACCUCUGUUAUGACGUCAUACAUCGCUUUAGAUGAUGCUGUGUCUUCACCGUAUUCCACAACAGAUGUUGUAAAAACAUACUAUGUAACAUAUACUUACUAUAACACACUGACAGAGAAUGGUAAAGAGGUAAUUCACAAAAAUAUAUCUACUUCGGCAGAUGUAGUGACUGAGAAGAUCUAUCUGCAGUCUAAAAAACAAACUUCAAGUGUUAUCAACACCGAGCCCAUCGCUAGCGAUGAGAAGAAAAAGCAAAAGAUCGAUACUACCUCUGAAAACUUCAAAAUUCUAGCUACAAAAUCGUAUUUCACUACUUUCACUUACUUUACAACCUUGCUUCAAGACAAUCAAGCAUCUCCAACAGUGGUCAGCUCCAGAUCUAAAGUUGUCGAAAACAUUGUCACAGAAACUAUUGAACCUUCUCUAGUUAAAGAAGACUAUCUGACUGAUAUAAAGAAUAGCAUUAGAGAUGGUUCAGAGUCUGUCAUAAGACUUAUUGAGUUACAAAAUGGACAAACGCUUGAAGUGAUUGCAGUUAGCGAUACUAUUACUCCAACCAAGGUAAUGUAUAUAGAAAAGACUCAAAUUCCUGACAUAACUCAUCAAAUAGAGAAUGCUUCUUUAGAACCAUCGUCAUCUUCUAACGUCAUCACAGGUUCAACUAUAGUUUUUGUUGAUGAUGAUCCGUUUGCUCAAUUUGCCGCUACUCCAAGCUUGUCUACUAAAUCCAACGUAGCUUCAACUGUUGUGACGAAUUUGGGAUCCUUGUUGAGCUCUGAGAUCGUGAAAAAGACCAAGGUGACGUCUAGCAAAGCAAAGAGAAACAAAAAUAAGACUAAGCCUCCUAGUAUUUCGCCUACCAAAAUCAUAAACGCUAUCGAAAAUACUGAGAGCGAUAAGUUAAAACAGCAGCUUGAUAAGAAAGAUAAGAAGCAACCAAAUCCUGAUCAGUCAGAGCCAGUAUCUGAUCUCUUAGGAUUGGGAUCAAUAAAUAUCAACAGUCUUCAAGCAUUGACUCCUGUUUUGAACGCAAUGGCAGGUCUGAUAACCACAAACUUGAAACCUAAUAGGAGAAGCGAUAAUGUCACUAGCGCCUCAGCAAGUACAACAACGCGCAAACCUCUAGUAACUCCGCAUAUUGAAAAAGACGAUACUCAAAAUCGUUCCCCAAUAUACAUACCAGUAGGAGGUCUUUCCGAUGACUUUGAAAUCGCCGAAAGUCAAAACAUCGCCACUUUCGAAUGGGUUGACCCACCUGGUAGAGGUGGGCUACCUCGUAAACCAACUCAAGAAGCAUCUCUACUUAAUGGAGCUAUCCCAAUAUCACCUGGAGAUGUGAUCACAGCUAACUCGGAUGUCAUUGUGGGUAAGCCAGGAAGAGUUUUGCCUAGGAUACCUUCGAUUCCACUCAACCAACUGGGUCAAGAUAAGGAUAUCCCACUGGAUAUGGAGCCUCCUCCAAUACCUAAUAAGCCAUGGCCAAAGAAGAACUACCUCCAGGAUUCAGCUCCUGUAGGGAGUGUGAAGACUAAUGUCAUCCACGUGCCUAACAAGGAUGAUUACGUUGGACCUCCUCCACCUUUGUACCCUAAACAUAAGAUGAAGCAUAUACCCCUCAUUCCUCCCAAGAAGGAUGUUGGAUCGUACUACGAGAAGAACUUCAAUCAAAGACCUCAAGUUUACGCGAAUGCUCAAACGAACUACGAACCAAACCAUGUGAUCAACGAGAUCAACCAUGAACACAACUAUUUUAACUUGCAAGAGUCGAUUCACAAAAACUACCACUCAGUCCAAUCGUACCCCAUAUAUGCUCAGGGUCACGCUACUCCGCUGUUAGUACCUGAUUUCAUCAAGCCUUCAGUACCAAUAGUUCUGCCUGAGGUGAUAGAGCGAUCAACAGGUCAACCGUUACUUGUCGACAUCCAACCUAGUCAGGUUGCUUUCGUCAAAAUACCUUUCAAUAGAACAACUGCGUUGAUCUAUGGGGGAUCAACAGAACCUCACAGGAAUGGUCAGUACUUCGACGAUCCCUCACCAUAUCCAGAUUCUGGAUUUUCUGAUCUUGGUUACAACCGGAAUAUACCUCAAGUGCACUCGGAAGCUUAUGAACAUCAUUCAGCUGAUCAGAAGCAGGUAAAUGGAGUAAUCAAGGUCGGGAACCAAUUGAUAAAUGUCGAACCUGAGGUCAGUGAGAAUCAGAAGGUCUUGGUAAACAUCAAGCCUAGCAAACCUCAGUUUGAUAUGAUACGACCUUCAAUGAAGAAUAAUCAUGAUGUCAACGUCAACGUUCCUCCAAUUUCGUUUGGACUGGUCCAGCAAGGUAAUGAGUUUCAUGCGCAUGUUAUCAACCAUAACAGUGGGAUUGAAUUUAGACCUCCUCCUCAACAGUAUGAAGUGAUGAAUUCACAGAUCAAUCAUUCUAACUAUCCUCAAAUGGAUUCUCACCCGCUUCAACCUCUGAGUAACGAAAUUUUGUCUCAACCAACACCUGAAGGGCAGAGACCCCAUCUUAGACCACCAGUUGCAAAGCCUGAGGAAGGAAACUUCAUCAAUAAACCUCUUAAGACUGAUGAGGGAAGUUUCAAUAAGCCAAGUUAUCCUCAACGUGAAGAGCGGAGGCCCCCUGUUAGAGCUGAAGGGCAAAGACCUCUUAGACCACUAGUUGCAAGGCCUGAGGAAGGAAACUUCAUCAAUAGACCUCUUAGAACUGAAGAAGGAAGUUUUAGUAAACCAAGUUAUCCUCAACCUGAAGAGCAGAGGCCUACUGUUAGACCUAAAGAGCAGAAACCUCCCCUAAGGCCUCCACCUGUAAAGCCUGGAGAAGGCAAUUUCGUCAACAAACCAAAAUAUCCGUUCCCUCCAAAACGUAAUAUAUUCAGAUUGAAAGCUCAACCUCAAAUACCAGACAAUGUAGAAAUAAAAGAUUACAUGACCCCUCCUCCCUAUAUUCACAGCACUUUGGCUAAACGACCUUCAGGACCAGGUAGGAGACCUCAACCAAUUCCUUUAGGAGCAAGACCGUUAUAUCCAGAACCUCAAAAACCAAAUUAUUAUCAUACAGUGACUCCAGGCACUCAAGAGGACAAGAUCAUGGUUGAUGGUCCAGGUUAUCAAAUAGACAACAAGAAACCUACAGAACAUCAGUACAUUCCAUCGUUCUUUGAAGAUGAUAUGGAUAUUGGGGAUCAUGAAGAAGAUGACUUGCCAAACGAGGAUGGUGAGGUCAUACAAGAAUCAAAUAGUAGACCUCUUUUUCCAGGCGAGAUACCAUUUGAGAUCCUUAAAGCUAAGGCUACGACUACAGAAAGGCCGAGAAAUAAUACUGUGAGGUUCCCAAGUAAUAACAAAGAUAGAUUCCAUGGUAGACCAGGUCAGAACAAUAAGGUAAAUGUCAUUGAUACUGACUUCGACGCUUUACGUACCUCUACAGAAAGAGGUAGACCUGGAGGUUUCAUCGUUGUUGGAAACCAGUUUGAGAGCAAUGAUGGAGCGAACCAGAUUGUAGUUAGUGGAUCACAAUUUGAUGACAAGGUUCCGUACAAUAAUAAAGCAUUUACAACGACCGAAAGAACUACUACUGAAGAGUACCACAGAUUCUCAGAGACUUCUUAUGGUAACGUAUUUAGUUUUAAGACUAAAACGACUCCUAUUACUACAAAAUCUCCUACGACUACUACUCGUAAGCCUGUAUUGAUAUUUUUGGAUGAUACUGGAAAGCAAAGCAACAACUUCUUCAACAAGAAUCACGAGAGGCCUUCAGUUACUUCACUGCCUAUUGAUACUCAUGUUGCAACAACUCAUACGAAUCAAACCAAGAAUGUGGAGACUCAGACUGAAAAACCCUUCAAUCCUCAACAAAAUCCGACCUUGUCUUCUAAUCAGAUCUUGAUCAAAGAUGUCACAACGACAACUACAGCGUCUACAAAUCCGGAACUGAAUACUGGGGAGGUAACUGUAUCGUUCAACAACGUUUCAAAGGAAAUAUCUGAUAUGGAAAUCUUGAAGCCGCCACCUCUUGUAACAGAUCUUCCUGCCAAACCACCAAUUACUAAGCCGUCUAGGUUACCGGAAAAUAACUUUGCUCCGACCAAACCUCCAAGAAAUCCUUUGGAAGAGUUGGUACCCCCUCCAGCAACAACUACUGAAGAGGUGUUAGGAAUGAGUCCACCGCCUUUGGUUACGACUUACCGACCUGCCCUGAAGCCGAUAUUCCCAGUACAAACUAACAUUUCCAAAGAGAGACCUCCUACGAGUAGCACAACAGAAAGAUACAGACACACAAGACCUAGCAGGAGACCGUUCACUAGAAGACCUACAGGUUUUAGGACAUCAACAACUCCAGUUCCUAUAACAACUAGGAGAAGACCAUAUUAUCCAGGUUACGAUGUACUGAAGAGAAACGUGACAACAACAAGGCCUGUCAUAAGUCCAUCUCCUACUGUACAGUACAAACCAUCCUUGCAAGUUAUUAUUGGAAAUCCAAGCUCGGAAUCAAAGAACGAAUCAGUUGCAGCAACUACAAGGCCAUUUGUGGAACUAGAUGGAUCUGAAGCGUCUACCAAGGAACAAACUACAGAAACGACAACCUUGCUCAAAGAACCAACAGAUCUUUUGACGAGUAGUAGUGGAUCUAUUCUUCCUAGUACUACUAUGAAAGAAGAUACUAUCACUAAAGGCGUUCACCACGCUGGAAAUGAGAUUAAAGUAAUAGAUGAUACGCCCUCACUAUCAACCAAGGUUAUUCCACCAAGUUCUGCUCUUCCUACAAGGUAUAUAACAUAUACCAAGACUGAUACAGUGACCAUCACCAAAACCACCGUGGUAAGGACAUCUGGUUUGCCUCCAUCUACUUUAACCAUAUUGGUGACAAAGACCGAAAAAAGUACCAUUGUUGACACAGUAACUGAAGUACGAACACUUGUAAAGCCGACGAGUGUUGUUGAAACGAUAACUACUACAGUACACCAGGGUAGUUCACUAUAUCCACCAGACAUGUAUGGAAGUACUUACCCUUCAGUUCAGGUGACGCCUAGUACAGUGAAACCCAUAUCUGAAGUUUCAGCUACAAGAGUAGAGACCCGCCACAAAGAAGACAGCGUGGAAGAUUUUAUAAUCACAAGUCCUGAAGAUGAUAAAAAGGAAGACCUGGGUCAAGACUCGAUUUUGGUGGUGAUGACUGAUAAGAAUACAAAGAAUAUAGUAAAGGUGCCAAAUGAGACAGUUGAGAUCCAAAGUUCUGAAGAAGUGGAGUAUAACAGUGUGGAGAAUAAUCUGUUGUUAGGUGGGAUUUUUAUUGGAAAUCGCCCUCAUAGUGUCGAUAAGUGUGAACCAGAGUGCAAAGCAACAAGAAACGAACUGUGCCAGAAGAUAGAAGGAGUGAUGAGAUGUGUGUGCAGACCAGGGUUUGCAAGAAUGUUCCUGGACCGGCCAUGUUUACCGACAUAUACCUAUGACCUUCAACUGACCUUAGACCGCAUGGGAAAGGAACCUUUAUAUUUCACCCCCGACAUGGCGACGCCGAACUCCACUGAAUUCAUGAGGUACGCUCGACCAAUCAGAGAAGCCCUAGAUCGCAUGGUGAUGCAGUCCGACCUCAGAGACAUCUUCCAUGGAGUUGAGGUCCACGCCUUGGCGCCUUCCAACCAUUCCAGAGGCGUGGUUAGCAAGUUCUAUCUGCAGCUUUCGGACAAUAUGGAGGAAAAGAGGUUGGAGGACGUAUUCCGGAAGUAUUUGGAGAACAACAGCUACAGUCUUGGAGGAACCGACGUGUUCGCCUCCAUACCCAUCGACCUCACCUCCCAGGACUUCGAUGAAUGCGUCCAUCCGUCCUUCCACGACUGCUCCUCGAACGCUAAAUGUUUCAACCUGAAGGGAACGUACACCUGCAGCUGCAAAGAAGGUUUUGCCGAUAUGUCUGAAAAUAUGCUCUACCCUGGACGCGUAUGUUCCGCUGAAGUGGUUGGUUGCGAGAGGUGCACUUACCACGGGACUUGCUAUUCCAGGGGGGAGGGAGAGACGAUAUGCGAGUGCUUUCAGUGGUACGCUGGGGAUAACUGUCAUGUUAACCUCAAAGUACUAUUAAUCGCUCUAGCGACACUAGGCGUUCUGCUCUUCAUCCUAUUUUUUGUAUGCAUCUUGAUGUCCUGCGUGAAGCGGAAACCAAGCAAAAUGGCGGUUGCGUCUGGGUUAAGCUUCCUACCUCAGAGGGUCAGCAAUUCGAGUAACAGAGGAACCAUAGAUAGAAGAGCUAUGAUACAAGACACUAGCUCAGAGGAUAGUCGGUCGGAGACCAACACUUUGCCAUACGUACAGAAUAAGAAGAAACCUAAAGGAGCCCUGAAGAAGACCUCAAAAGCCCCCGAGCCAACCAAAGAAGCGGAAAACAUCGAAAGCACGAUCUCGUUCGCGGACCAAAAAGACAGAUCCUUAACAGUGAUGAUUCCAAGAGCCAAAUAUCACCCAGCACAUGCAACGUCUCCAAUUUUGAACUAUACUUCCUUCGAUGCCAGGAAACCUUCAGUACCUUCAAUCACGAGCGAGUCGAAGCUGAUCAGUUAUUUGGAUGCUGGACCUUCUCCAGGAAAGUCUGACCAGGCUCGUAAAGCAAGCACAGCCCCAACCGAAACCAUCAUGGAAGAAAAACCCGGAUCUAGAAAAACCUCAGGCGCUCUGGUAUCUGCAGGUUUCGAAGUAUCCGCUACUGUGGUGAAUAACAUGGGUACUUUGGGUACCACCUGUGGCACCGAGGCUGACAGAAGCGAGAAUGCCACGCUGAUACAGAAGAUCAGCGCGGAGUUGCUGUCUAGUGCUGAUACCAGGUCGCAAUUCAAUACGCUAAGGCAGUCUAUUGUAGAAGACGAUGAGUCCUCCAGCAAUUGGCUGGAUAUAGUUCCAAGGGUGAUGACUGUAUCUGAAGCGAGAUCUUACGACGAAACGACCAUACCACCUCCUAUGAAGUCAUUCCGGACCGAUUAUGAUUCGAAGUUGUCGUCACAUCCAAAUGAUGAGGCAAACACAAUGGCAGAACGUGAUUUAGGAUCCACAUUUCUUCUUCCCCAUACACAUCUGUACAAACCCGAUAGGGGGAGCGACAUAUCAGGAUUUGAAUCAUUAUAGAAUCUCAGGAAGAAGCCUGUGAAUCCUCGAAUCGUGAUCUACAAAAUAAAGUGCCUUAACUGUGUGCCUGUGGUAUAUGAUAAAUAAUUUAUUUAUAUGAACAUGUAUACUCUUAUUUUUUUGUUAUUGUAUAGAACGUUUUAUUUUAUUAUGAAGUGUUUUUGUUUUUAAUUCACUACUCAACACAUACAAAACUGAUGAUGAAUAUCUUUAUUUGGCCAUAUUUUUAUAUUUAUGUAAAUAGUACUAAAAACUAAUACAAUAAGUUUGAACAUUUCAGCGCGAAUGAUUUUGUAAAUAUAUUUUUGUGUGAUAUUGUUUUAGGAAUAUUUAUAUAUAUUCUGGUCCUUAGUUUUAGUCUACUUACACUACUCGUCAAAAGUGGAGCUUCUGGAAUAUACCAAUAAACAUGUAAGAAUGGUAACAAGAAAUCUCAAUCUGAACCAUAAUGUUGAAACGGUUGACAUUUCUGAAAAUUGAAAGUUGAAAAUCCCCGGCUAUUUCUAUAAAAUUUUAAAAGUUGUUCAUGCUUAUUUUGUCAUGCAAUGAUAUUAUUAUCAAACUAUUUUUGACUAGUAGUGUACAUUGUAUUUAUGUUUAAAGGCAAAAUAUGCAGAGUGCCAAAAAAGACUUAAAUUUUUGUAAAUUUUUUUAUCCAUUUUAAAUUAGUCUUAAGGCUAUUGCUAUAACUUGUUCAAUGUAACAUAUAUAAUUUUUGUAUGUUUCGAUACGAUUUUAUAUGAAACAAUAAAUCAUAUUAAUAUC